UUGGUUUGAGUUGAGAGUAAAAGAUGAGUUGUAGCUGCCACUCUGAGCUCAUUUUCACUGCAAUGUGUCGCUAAACUAAUCAAAAAGAAACUACGACCUGUUUUGGUGUUAAUUAAUAGCGACGACACAAAGCUAACGAACUUAAUAUCAGAUCUUUAGACAUGAUUGUAGCGCAACUUCAGUCAGAUAAUGAGAGAUCACUGGGAUGGCUCCGGGAGGCGGAAGGCGCCGUUGCUUAGCAACCAGGGGACCAAACAAGCAGCCAGCAGCACCAGAGGAGUUUGAUGACCUGAUUAACUUACCAGCAUUUCAUGUUAAUUAACUACACUUAUCUUUAAAAUAUCGCUUGAUAGCUCGUUUGAGAUAUUUCCAUUUAAUGAAAUGGCAGGCAAGAAGAAAGAAGCGAGUCUGCAGGCUUCUGUCACAAACCAAGAGCAGUGGGAGGAGAUGCUUGCCACCAAAGGUUUAACAGUUGUAGAUGUGUACCAACAGUGGUGUGGUCCCUGUCGAGCUGUGGUUAGUCUUCUACGAAAAAUAAAGAAUGAACUGGGUGAUGACCUAUUACAUUUUGCCACAGCCGAGGCAGACAGCAUUGAUGCUUUGGAGAAGUAUCGAGGGAAAUGCGAGCCCACCUUUCUCUUCUAUGGGAGUGGGGAGCUGGUGGCUGUGCUGCGAGGGGCCAACGCUCCUCUCCUUCAGAGGAUGAUUGUGGAGGAGCUGGCCAAGGAGAAGUCGGUCCUAGAGCAAGGUGGUGAACGCAAAGCGGUUAAAGAUGAUGGUCUGGUGGAUGAUGAGAAGAAAGACGAAGAGGAGACGCCACAGCAGUCAGAAAAUGAAGAAAGCAUAAUUGUUCCUGCCAGUAAAUCCUACACAGUUGCCAUCAUCAAACCAGAUGCUGUUGCUCACGGCAAGGCAAAUGAGAUCAUUAUGAAGAUUCAAGAUGCUGGGUUUGAUAUCCUGGCCCACGAGGAACGCACGCUGACUGAGGUUGAGGCUCGAGAUUUUUACCAGCACAAAGCAGAAGAGGCUUGCUUUGAGGACUUGGUGCAGUUUAUGUUCAGCGGUCCGUCCCAUAUUCUGGUACUCUCUCAUGUUGAGGGCUCAGCUAACGUUGUACCAGCAUGGCGGGAGUUCAUUGGCCCAGCAGACAUAGAGGAAGCCAAGAGAGAUCAACCAGAAAGCUUGCGGGCACAAUACGGCACACAGACACUGUUCAACGCAGUGCACGGUAGUGAGGACAUCGACCAGGCCAGCAGGGAGCUCGCCUUCUUCUUCCCCAACUUUAGGACGGCGUCAGUAACGGAGCAGGAUGGGGAGGAAGAGCGUGUGGAGAGGACACUAGCUCUUAUCCGGCCUGACGUUGCCAGAGAGAGAAGAGAGGAGAUCUUGGCUCAAAUCCACAAGUCAGGCUUCACCGUGUCUCUCCAAAGAGAGGUGAUGUUGACAGAGGGGCAGGUCAGACACUUUUACUUCCAACAUGUUGAGGAGGACUACUUCCCUGCUUUGCUCCGAAGUAUGACCAGUGGGCCUGUGCUAGCUUUGGCUCUGGCCAGAACGGGGGCUGUCCAUCACUGGAAGAACAUCCUUGGUCCUUCUGACGUUAAUAAAGCCAGAGAGGAGAGUCCUGAAUGUCUAAGGGCCCAGUUUGCUGUGGAGAAUGAACCCAUCAACCAGCUGCAUGGCAGUGAAAGCCACGAAGAGGCAGAACAAGAGAUCAACUUCUUCUUCCCUAAACAGCAAACACUGGCCGUGAUCAAACCUGAUGCCAUGGAGGAGGAGGAGCAUAGAGAGAAGAUUUUAGAGGAGAUCUAUGGCAGCGGUUUCUCUGUAACGCAGCUGAAGGAGACGGUGCUGUCGAGGGAGAUGGCUGAGGAGUUUUACAAAGAGCACAGAGAGAAGCCUUUCUUCAACCAACUGGUGGAAUUCAUGUGUCGGGGGCCCUGCAUGAUGCUCGUCCUGACCAAGGAAAAUGCAGUGGAGGAGUGGAGGGCCACUAUGGGCCCUGCAGACCCUGACCAAGCUAAGGCAAUAUCCCCAAGCUCUCUGAGGGCCCGCUUCGCCUCCGACAUUCUCCACAACUCGGUCCACGGCUCCUCCAGUGAGCAGCAUGCAGAGGAGAAGAUCCGUUUUAUCUUCGGUGACAUCUGCUCUGACGCAGAGCUCACCGGUGAUGGAGAGACUGACUCAACCGUUUUAGCAAAAGAGCAAGACAAUUCUGCAGAUGAAAACACAGGAAUGUCAAGAUCUCCAACUGAAGGAAUAUCUGACAACAAUCAUGAAGGUGACCCGCAUAAUUCGAAUCCUUGCAGCCCACAGAUGGAAAAAAGUGACGAUCCAGAGCACUGAAUCAGCAACACUUAUUAACAGUUUAUAGGCUGUCUUGACUCGCAGCAGCUGUAAACUACAUGACUAAGACCAGGAUCAUAGUCACCACAAAAAGCAAGUGAUAAUGGAUUUUCUACAAUAAACUGCAUCAAUUUUAACUACUACAUUAGUCUUGGAUGUUUUCCUGUUAGCUUAAUGAUGACAGGAUCGCUUAACAAUUGAAGAUAACUUCCUCUAGAUAAAUUAACUGCGUUAAUGCCGAGAAUAUGAACUUCUUGGCGUUAUUAGCAGCUUGCCGGUGAAUCAAUUGGGACUGGGG